UCAUGCAUGUUAAGCAUGUACAGAGGAAGGAAGACAGCCAGAUAUCUCUGUUACAUUUUCCAACCACAGAAAGCACGGUCUUCAGAGACAGCAUCUUCAACACUGGAAGAAAUUGUGGCUGGUUUACAACAUGUUACAUGUUAUGUGAUCUACCUGCUGAUGGGAUUUAUGAGACGAGAGGAGCAGCCAUGAGUUCAACUGCAGCAGCAACUGGAUUGGUUCUCUUCCUUCUCUCUCUGCCAGUGGUACAGAGUCAGAAUGAUUAUGGAGUGACUUACACUUCUACUCAGAUCUGUGCUGUAAAAGGAUCAACAGUGGUCAUAGGCUGCUGGUUCAAAUACCCCUCAAGAGUAAAUGUGUUAAAAAGAGUUUGGUUCACUAAAGGGAAUGAUAAUAACCCUGAAGAUCUGAAAACAGACCCAGUGUAUGCAGGUCGAGUGUCGUACAGUACUCAGCGGAAGAGCUGCACUCUGACAAUCAGAGACCUGAGAGAGAGCGACUCAGCUGUGUACAAGUUCAGGUUUGAAACAGACCAGAAACAUUUUACUGGUUUACCUGGAGUCACUCUGAAUGUCACAGCUCUUCAGGUACACGUGGACACAUCAUCAUAUCCUGACUGGGGAACACUGAUUUGUCAGAGCAGUUGUCGACUACAUGAUCGUCCCUCCUACAUUUGGUACAAAAAUGGACAGAAAAUUUCUACUCAGUCAGGCCAGUACUGGUAUUCACGCUAUCUGAAUCCUUCAGAUAGCUACUCCUGUGCUGUAAGAGGUCAUGAAGCUUCAACCUCUCCUUCAGUGUGUGUCCGAGGUGAUUCAUGCAACAGAGUGAAUUACAGUAACAGAAGCAUCUGUGCAGUCAAAGGCUCAUCAGUGGACAUUUCUUCUACUUACAACAGUUAUGAAAGUCCAAUCCAAUCAACAUCCUGGUUCCGUUCUGGUCAUGGAUCUGAGGACCUCAGAGAAGACUCCCAGUAUGCAGGUCGUGUUGAGGUGAUUGAAACAGAGAGAGGACGCUCCACUCUGAGAAUCAGAGACCUGACAGAGAGUGAUUCAGCCGAGUAUCACUUCAAAUUCAACACACAAAGCUUUGAAUGGGGGAGUAGUUUACCUGGAACAACUCUGACUGUCACAGAUGUUCAGGUCAGAGUGUCCAGAUGGGUCCAGUUGGAUUGUGUCACCAGAUGUAAUCCUUAUGUUUCAUCUUAUGUCUGGUGCAAAAAUGGACAACAAGUGUAUGGAGCCAGCUCUUCUUCUUAUGAAGCGCCAUAUGACACUGAAAACAGCUACUCAUGUGCUUUAAAAGGAUUUGAGGAUUUUCAUUCUUCAUUAGUUUGCAUCAAUGGUGAACGGUGCAACAGAGUGAAUUACAGUAAAAGAAGAAUCUGUGCAGUCAAAGGCUCAUCAGUGGACAUUUCUUCUACUUACAACAGUUAUGAAAGUCUAAUCCAAUCAACAUCCUGGUUCCGUUCUGGUCGUGGAUCUGAGGACCUCAGAGAAGACUCCCAGUAUGCAGGUCGUGUUGAGGUGAUUGAAACAGUGACAGGACGCUCCACUCUGAGAAUCAGAGACCUGACAGAGAGUGAUUCAGCCCAGUAUCACUUCAAAUUCAACACACAAAGAUUUGAAUGGAAGAGUAGUUUACCUGGAACAAACCUGACUGUCACAGUUCCACAGGUGAAGGUGAGCAGAAUAAUAUCAGUCCAUGAGUCUCAGACUGAGGCAGAGCUGAAGUGUGAAAGCAGCUGCAGUCCAGCUGGUCGUCUUUCCUACGUCUGGUUCAAGAACGGACAGAAAAACACAACUCAGCAAACUUCUACUUAUACAGACUACUUUUAUCCUGGAGACAACAUCUCCUGUGCUUUCACAGGAUACGAGGAUUACUGCUCUCCACCAGUGUAUGCUCCAAAAUUUGCUUCAGUACUGGUGCUGAAUAACUCUCAUGAGAUAAUGGAGGGUAGCUCUGUGAAUCUGACCUGCAGCAGUGAUGCUAACCCAGCAGCUAAUUACACCUGGUACAAGGACAAUAAACCGAUCAGUACAGAACAACAGCUCAUCUUCAGCUCCAUCCAGUCUUCUGACUCUGGAGAGUAUCAUUGUACCGCUAAGAAUGAGCUGGGUCAAAGACCAUCUGAAGUCAUCUUUAUCAAUGUGAAAUAUGCUCCAAAGCUUGCCUCUGUGUCAGUGAGUCCCUCUGCUGGGAUAGUGGAGGGCAGAUCAGUGAAUCUUACCUGCAGCAGCGAUGCUAAUCCAGCAGCUAAUUACACCUGGUACAAGGAGAACAAAUCAUUGUUUCAUGGACCAGUGGGAAUGUACCAUUUAUCCUCCCUCAGCUCUGAGGACAGCGGGAAGUACUCCUGCAAAGCUGAGAAUCUGUAUGGACCAGCACAGUCCGUAACUCUAUACAUAGAUGUCGAGUAUCCUCCAAAGCUUCCCUCUGUGUCAGUGAGUCCCUCUGCUGAGAUAGUGGAGGGCAGUUCAGUCACUCUGACCUGUAGCAGUGAUGCUAACCCAGCAGCUAAUUACACCUGGUACAAGGAGGAUGAAGACUCAGCAAAAGCAUCAGGACACAACUUCACCAUCACUGACUUCAGACCUGAACACAUUGGGAGUUAUUACUGUGUUGCACAGAACACAAGAGGAUGUCGUAACUCCACCUUACAGCUGAUUGUUACAGCAAAUGCUCCAAACCUAACCUCUGUGUCAGUGAGUCUCUCUGGUGAAAUAGUGGAGGGUAGUUCAGUGACCUAUAGCAGUAAUGCUAUCCCAAUAGAUAAUUACACCUGGUACAAGGAGGAUGAAGACUCAGAAAAAACAUCAGGACAGAACUUCACCAUCACUGAUGUCCAACAUGAAAAAAAAUUUAUAAUAGAAUCUGUAAUGAUAUUGAAUAUCGUCAGAUUGACUCUGGUGGUCCUGAUGCCGAUUGCUCUGUUCGUGUUGGGUCUGUGGAUGAGGAAGAAGACACAUGUGGCCUUAGAAACUGGACCAAAUGAAUCUGUAAAUGUCAUCAAAGUAAACACUCAUGCUGAUUGUGAGAACGUCUCAGACUCACAGGGUGCCACUGCAGCACAGUCAGACGACACUGAAGAGCAGGAAGAGCUGCUGUGAAGUCCAGUCAUGUUAGAGACUCGUGUAUAAAAAAAACAGACUCAAACUCGUGUUGUUUAGAUGGUGUUUAAUCAGACGUUAGAAUGAUGACAGAAAGAGAAAGCAAUACAAAACCUGAAGAAGCGCACGAGGCAGAGACCGUGGAGGAUGUUUUCAUGGACUGUGCUGUUUGGCUGGCUAAGUGAGGAUCAAAUGCAGUAUUCAUAGAUGAGGCUAAACUUAAACAGCAGCUUUAUUUCUGAAACUUCCUAAAACUUUUUCAUUUAAAUUUUUGAUUUAAUGAACUGGUUUAAUAUUGUGAACUAAUUUUGGUGUGAAGCACUGUAACUGUUUUAAAGAACUGGACGUUACUUUAAACUCAGCAGUUUCCACACUGCUUGGUGGUAAAAUUUGAACACGUGUUGAUUCCUGCUUUAUUUUAUCAUUCAGAUAAAUACUUCUGAUGUAUACUGCUGGUGUUUUCAUUCCCAAGAAUAAUUAUGUAAAGGGAUGAGCUGACUGAGAAAUUCUUUGUGAUCUGUCUUUGGUAUUAAAGUAAAUACAUUUUAUUAUA